CAAUGUCAACAAAACAAACCAGACAGGCAACACCAACUCGAUCAGGACAACAAAUCCUUUAUCUUCACCGCCGCACCGGAUGACGCUUUGACAACGCUCCCCGGACUUUUCGUAUCUGUUUCUGAAGAUGGAAGUGACAAAGACAAAUUUCAAGGCUACCUUGCCAAAUGUGAUAGAUGCCAUUGACAGCAGUGACUUUGUUGCUAUCGACAGUGAAUUUACGGGACUGAGAACUGAGCACACUAAUUUGAAUGACCUAGACACCGUUGAAGAGAGAUACUCCAAGCUAAAGCAUUCUGCCCAGAACUUUGGAAUGAUCCAGUUCGGUUUGUCAGCUUUCCGUUAUGUCCCUACUAAAAAGAAGUACAGUCAUGCAACAUAUUGUUUUUAUGUCUUAGCUAAACCAGGUGCUGGAGAAAUUUAUGACACUGGAAGUCUCAACUUUCUUGCAAAUAAUGGAUUUGAUUUUAACAAACUAUAUAAAGAGGGUAUUCCUUAUAUUUCUAUGAAGGAGGAAGCAGAAUUGAGGCAUAAACUAAAGGAGAACCCAGUAGAAAUUUCAAAGCCAACACCUGUUAAGGUAACAGAAAUUGCUGCCAAAACUUUUCUAAAGGAAACUGAGAAGAAAGUGGAAAACUUCAUGGACGAUGCUGCCCAGGAGGAGUUAGUGAUUGAUGGUAAAACUCUGACUGGCUUUCACAGGAAAAUAAUUUACAAUAAUAUUGCAGCCAAGUAUGAAAACAUACGAGUACAGUCUGUGCUGACGGAUAAUGGCGUAAGGAACUUGGUUAUCAAGAAGUUUCAUUCUCAAACUGCACUCAAAAACCAGAUAGAAGAAGAGAGACAAAACAGUUUGGAUGCAAAGAUUGGCUUCACUCACGUCAUCCGCAAAUUAUUGGAGAGCAAUAAACCUAUUGUUGGACACAAUCUGAUGCUGGAUUUAGUGCAUUUAUUUGAGAAAACUGUGAUGCCCCUCCCUGAGAAAUAUGAGACAUUCAAGAAAAUGAUCCUUGCAAACUUUCCAACUAUAUAUGACACAAAGUUAUUAGCCAAAGACCCCCCUUUCAGUGAAGACAUACCAAUUACUGGGCUGGAAAUAUUGUUUGGUGACCUUUGUGAAAAGUACAAUCCUCCAGAAUUUGAAAUAGAGGCAGGUCAUGAGAGUUUUGACAUUAGUGAUUCCAGUAAAGCACAUGAUGCUGGGUAUGAUGCUUUUAUGACUGGAGUAUGCUUUGCAACAAUGGUGAAGAAACUUGACGGUGCAACUUGGGCAAAGAAUUCGGUUGUAAAAUCUAAACGUCUAGCUGGAUAUUCAAACAGGGAAGUUCAAAUGCGCGAACGUGUUAUAAAUUUUACUGAGCGAAUUAAGGACAAAUAUCAGAAACGUAAGACUAAUGUUCCCUGCUCAGGAUUAUGUUAUGCUCUUAAGAGGCCGUGA